AUGUUCCAACAAUCAUUCCUCGCCCUUGUGGUCCUCGCCGCCAGCGUCGUCGCACAAAAUCCCGCCCCAAUCCCGGAUCCCCAGCAGCCUAUGCCGGACUACGUCUGCAAGGUUUACGAUGAGUGGUACUCGCAGUGCCUUCGUCCGGACGAAGAGUUCAACCGGUCCACCGAGCCUCCGGCGAGCCCCACCGAGAUUCCCGAGGGCAAGAUUGUCGACUCCCCUGUCAUCAUCGGCAAUCCUGGAAACCCCCGUACCACUGCGCCUCCCUCCAACGGCGCGCCUUCGCAGACCGUCACGAGCUUCGUCACGGUCACCAGGCCUACCGGCGCGCCCGACUCGCCUUUUGGCAAGUAG